UUCUAUAACGCCUCCCGAUUUUUGAAAAUCGGACCUGGCAACACUGGUAUCGCAUUUAAAAAAUAGUAUUUUAUUAAAGAAUGAAUCAUAUUCUUUUUCUGUAAAAGACGUUUUAAUUAUAGUCCAAAGAGGCAUUAUUCAUGCAUUCACUCAGUCUUACCUUCAGAAUAGAUACGUACUAAAAUUUAUAUUUUAUAACCGACAUCUAAUAUCAUAUUCAUAUCGGCACGAAAAAAAACAUUACUCGUCUCGAUCGUACCUAAAAAAAUCGGCGUCACAUCUUCCGACGCGUCGAAAUCGCUUCCUCCGGUAGACAAUGGCCCUCCGCAUCCGGUAGCACACGUGCUCAGGUACCUAUUAUCCCAUCCCGGCCCCCUCCACCUUCCCUGACCCACCCCGUGGUAACUUGACCCGGUUUUGGCAAAACUACGCCCUCCAGCUCGUGCCCUCCCACCGAAUCUUAUCUGGCUCCAGAUAGAAAACGAUAUCUCAAUGCAUCUGUCUCAAUAAUGAUUUGCUCCUUUGUCAACAUCCUGCCACUUGAGAAUUACACUCGGACGGCAUGUUGUACAAUCGUCAUUUGUUACCAGUUCGCUUUUCAUGGAAAUGACGAUGUGUAAUUCUGUGCCUUUGAAUAAACCAGCUGUGAAUUUAUCUAUGGUGCAAUGUAAUGUAAGUAAAGCACAAUUAAUAUAAAUAUCUUUACGAAUACAUCAGCUUGUAACAUAUUUUAUUUUAACCUUAUUUGAGCGUUUAUGUAAAUCUUUAAUAAAUGUCUAUAUUCUAAAUAACAAUAUAAUCGAUCGUCACUUGUCUAACAAAUUGUUAUUUUAUCGUUUCCAAGCAUCGGGCUACCUAUUCUAAUUUUAAAUUCAAGUUAUUUCCUAGUCUCGCGGUCACUAUCAAACAAUAGGAAUCAACGUCAAGGCCGCGCAUGCGUCAUUAUUAUUAUUGUAAUUGCCAUGUUCUACCUCGUUUGUGUGCCUAUGGUGAGCUGGUGGAAUAAUUCCAUGGAUAAAUGUAAUUAGGAAGUAUAUUAUUGAACUAAGUUAUUUAGGAAUAAGUAGCGAAAAUGGAAAGAUUUAUAUAACAAAUCUCUUUGUCUUGUACAUAAGCCCGGGUUUAACCCCUUGUCAGGUGAAGGCUUUUCGCCCUCCUUCUUCCUUCUCCUCGAUAUCCUUUCUACGCACAUCCUAGUGUUGAUCACUAUUUUGGUGAUGUCAUCAGUCUAGCCAGCUCCACAGCUGCCCAGUAGGGUUGAAUUGCCCAGUGGAAAAUCAACAAUCUUACCCCAGCUUUUCAAGGAAUAACACCUUUUUUAUGAACACCCGUGGCUUGUGAGGUUACAUUAAUUGACAUUUUCUUUAUUUCUAUUUUGUAUCAUUAAAACGUACAAUGCGAUGUAGUGUGCUACUCCCCAUCUCAACAUUAACCUGGCCGCCGCAAGAUUUGAUAUCAGCUACGCUAGUUUUAAGUUAAGGUUACCGUCCGUACCAAAUUCGUCUCCUCUUCUUCAUCAUUAUGUCCAGUAAAAAAGCUGAAAACUCAUCCCACAAUUGAAAAUUUCAUUCAACUACUUUUAUAACCUUAAAAAUUACUGUACUGCCGAAAUAAAUUACACUAGAUUGACACAUCACGUUUACUCAACAGUUUGUGCUCAUUAAGUUUUUGUAUAGCCAAUGUAACAAUAAUCAUGUAAUAGAUAAGCCACUGUAACUUGCAAAUUAUUUUUUAAAGUUUAGCUUUUGAAUCGAAUCACGAUAAUGAUACGCAGAAAGUACUUACAUGAAGAAAAAACACAUUACUUAAUAUUAAUUUAUAAUCCGACAAAAUUCCUAUAACCAAUAUUAUGUAUCAUAAAAAGUACCUAUAUAAUUGUAGCAGGUAAAGUUUAACUACCAAAUACUUGAAAUGACAAAAUGUAAAACUUAAAAGAAAAACCAUGUUUUUUUAGUUACCAUUGCAAUUGUCUUGAAAUUCGUUCAACUUCUUUCACUAACAACAAAGAGGUUGUGUUUUCCCGAAAGUCAGUCGAUUUUAUUUAUAUUUUGUACCUAAAUCCUUUGAAAUAUUAGGUGAUUUUCGUUUGCGAUAUGAAACGGGGAAAAGAUAAUAAACGGAACUAAUUAAUACGCAUAUAAGGCUAAUACAAUACCGUCAUUUCAUAAUAACUACUUGUAUGUACAAAAAUGUUUUAAUAUUUUAACUUCCAUUUAUGGCGACGAAACGAUGCCAUACAAUUUUUCUAAAAACCAAAUUUAUGAUUAGCAAAUUAUUGAUGGUUGCUUACUCCCUAACAUAUGUUCGGCAUGGUACAUGUAUGUUCAUUCAGGAAUACCUGUGCUAAUUUUCAUGAUACCAUCAUCACGGGGGUUAGCAAAAAAAAUCAACGGUCGCGCAACAGUUGGCCGCGGCAGGUGGCGCGGCAGGUCGCGAGCCCGUAGCGCGUCGGAUCCGGUCGGCUACAGUCGGCUCCGCUCGGCUCAUAUUUUCCACGGCCGCCCUCUCGGCCCGCCCGAAAGCUCAGUCUGUGUUAAGGCGCUAGCUGUAUUGGUGCUACGAGCGCUCCGUGCGUACUUUGUCGACGUUCGCACCUAAAAAAAGACUUGUACCAUUUCGUGAAUAUUAUUUUCGGGUUUUCAUUAAUAAAUAUAACUUUGAUUUUUUUAUUUUUAAAUUAUUAUUUUAUUGUUCGGGAAGUUAAAAAGAAAUCUUUAGAGAGUAAUGAGGUGUUGAGUGCGGUAGACCGGCGGGUCGGCGCUGGGUCGCCAUGCUGCUGGUAGAGGCGCCGCGUGAAGCCGCCGUGCCGCCGUGCGCGGCGCCCUUGGACCUCCCGAUGUCCACCAUCACCAAGCUCAACUUCACGGACUACAGUGCCAAAGUGAACAAACCUUACGCGGACAAUGCUGCCGAGCAAAGGGACUCUAGGCUCAACUACGAACAGACGCUCGCGAGUGUGGCUAGACUUAACUUCGAACAAACAGUGACGAACACCGGUAAACUGCAGUAUGACCAAAAUCGGCUGGCGUUCGACACGACGCUCGAGAACUUGUGUGAUACCUCGUAUAUAUUGCCCACAGGCGGGUAUACGACAGGCGGCCCACGCGACGCAACCCCCUACUACACGGAGGCGGGCGGCGCGCCGACGGGCGCUGGCGCAGCCCCUGCGGCGGCGUCGCCCCUGGACGAGUACUACCAGCCGGAGUACCCACCGCCCCCGGCGCCGGCGCAGCCCUACCUCGACGACUACUACCACCACGCGCACGCGCACACGCAGCCGCUGCUCACACACGAGCCCAAGUACCAGCCGCACGCAUACUCCAAACCUUAUCCUAGAAGUACAGGCGGGAGGUACGGCGGGGAGGGCUACGGUGAGAGUUACGCGCCCGAGUACGGCGGCGCCUGCACCGAGUGGGCCGAGUGGCCGAGCGAGCAGCACCCCCUCAUACCGCAGGACAAGCUCGCCUACCCCGCCUCCGGGCCCUGCUUUACCGGAUCAGGCCCGAUCCAACUGUGGCAGUUCCUGCUGGAGUUGCUCACCGACAAAAGCUGCCAGGGGUUCAUCUCCUGGACGGGCGACGGGUGGGAGUUCAAGCUCACCGAUCCAGAUGAGGUGGCAAGACGCUGGGGAAUCAGAAAGAACAAGCCCAAGAUGAACUAUGAGAAACUGUCGCGAGGUCUCCGCUACUACUACGACAAGAACAUUAUCCACAAGACUGCCGGUAAACGCUACGUCUACCGCUUCGUGUGCGACCUGCAAAGCUUGCUUGGAAUAUCUCCAGAGCAACUUCAUGCAAUGUAUGAACCCAAAAUGGAAAAGAAGGACGAUGACUGAAUUCGAUUCCCGCGCACUCAACCGCGACCCGCCUCGCCUCGCGGCGGCCAUCGCUUCAUCAUCUCCCACACGAACGUACUAAAUUCAAAUGUUGUUCUAAAUACAAAUUUCAAAAAUUUUGAAUCUUCUUUUUUAAGAAAAACAAAAAGUAUUACCAUGAAUCAUGUUCACAGGCACAUUACAGAGUAUAUUUAAAAAAUAAAAAAAAGGUUUUGUAUUGAAAAUUAAAAAACAAAUAUUUUAUACAGUACGUUUUGUUUACAGUAGACGUUCGUCAGACGAUAAGUUAAUAAGUUUUCAUUGUAACUUAAAUUGCAUACAUUAAAAGUUUUGUACGUUUCAUUCUAUUUAAAUUGUAAUCUUUCACAUAGGGAGUAAUGUCGGAUUUGAUCUCAUACACAACCACCAGUGGUUUUUUUUCUCUUAUUAACAACUAACCCCGUACUAAAGGUUCUAUUUCGAUUCUAUGAUGCGAGUGAUAAAGCGAAAUCAACUUGUCGAAGACAGAAACAAAAAAAGUCUCUAGUAAAAGAACAUUAAGAAUGCUCUAGAAAAUCACUCGUUUUUAUAUCGCUUUACGCCUCAAUUGUAUUACUAAGUACCACAAAAACCAACGGUGCCUUAAAUUCGUAAAUAUAAUUAUGCAGUUUUUGCAGAAACAUUCAUUUCAAUCAUUGAUAUGUUAUAAGCGCCAGUAUUAAUGAGGCACUUCGUCUAUUUCUAAUGUAAUGAUAUUAAUGUAUAACGAAUUUUAGUCAAGUACUAAAAAGAGUACAGCUAUUAUAAUAUAUUCGUAUACCUUCUGAAAUUAAAAUAAAAUCAAAGUCAAAGUCGAAACUGAGAAGUUUAAUGGUAAAAAUAGAAAAUUUCUGCUAUAAUUUUAACGAUAAAUGUAAAUAUAAGUUAAUUUUGUUACUUUAUAAAAAUAAUUAGGUAUUAUAUUAUAAUAGAUUAAGUGUUGUAUGUUUGAUUCGCAAAUUGUUGCAAUAUGCGGUUAAAAUAAUGCAUAGUUAAAAUGAUGACACAGAAAUAGAACGACUUAUAAAUUAACUGACAUUCGAUUAUCCAAAGAUUUUUAUAAAUCUUUAAAUUUAUACUCACCAAUUUGGUAAGAGUUUUUCAAAAUUACCAAAGGGACUCUUCUCGAUUUUUAAUUUAUUCCAUAUUUUUUAAAUUUAAUUGAAAUUUUAUAGUCAAUCUGAAUAAAAUCAGCCUCUGCCGUAAAAAAACUUAAUGAAGUUUCUUUUUAUUUUACCAAACUUUGUAUCAAACUAAACAAUGUUCUAAAGCAUAAACCGGGUGACGUCACUUGUUGCUGAUCUCGUGGUAAGGGAUAAUGUCUUACUAGUUAUGAAAUUAAUUAGUUGUAUUAUUUUCAAUUUUUAUAGAUCCUAGCAUACACCGAAGAUAUUUCGAUAAGUUUUAUUUUGUAAAGGUAUUCUCCUCCAUCAAUAUCAUACUUUUUAUGUCAUGUGCAAUUCGGUCUGUGGAUUAAUGUUCUUUUGAGGUGCUGUUUUGCUUCUAAAGUUUCGAGAUGUGUUUACCUACUAAAACGAUGUCUUCCCCGUGUUAUCAAUGUGUAGGUCGGUAAUAGUAAUUUACAAUUAGAAUGCAUUAUUUAAUUGGUGUGAUUACGGUUGAGUCGCAGUUACAAUGUGUAUCAGUCCCUGUUCGCCACGACAAAUGUAUGCCAUUUUAUAGUGAGACCUAUUGGAAUUACGGCCAAAUAUUUGAAUGUAUAAGUGUCGUUGUAUGUAUUGAUGGAAGAUAUAAAUUUAAAUAUAUAUAUUUACGAAAUCAAUUAUGUUUUUUUCUUCAGCCACCCGCUUGAAUAACUAAGUACUUCCUAUUCAAAAACUUGUGGAAUAUUAUGUACGCCUUUAUCCUUUGGAGGAGUAUUUUUUUAGUAAAUAAGAACCUCUACAGAGUUGCCUGAAUAAAGGAGACAGAGAUUCAUGGCUGCAUCUCAAUAAAAUAGAUAAUGGUGUCCAUUCUAGCAUGAUUCACUAAACCUAAACUUAAAUAUGACAACAGUGUAUCUUUGUCAUUCUUUACACAGAAUGAAAAGGAUAUACUGAUGUUAAAUUUAGUUUUCAGUUUAGAGAAUCAUGCCAGAAUUGACACCACUAUAUUGUUACACAAGUAAAAUUAAAUAUGUCCAUGUCCAGUAUUGUGGACUAACUGGUCUUUAUUUUUCUGUCACCAGAAUAUAUGAAACUUAACCUAAGUGGGUCAGGCCGUAGAUUUUGCCACAAAUAGCGCAAUGGUGUCGCAAAAAUUUCUACGAGUCCAUAGCGCAGAGUGACGCAAAAUGGUAACGCAAAAUUGUUAAGGAGUGCAUACAAGAUAUGUAACGUAAGGGCAGUGCUACAAAAUAAAACACACUUUUAAUACGUAAGUAUGACAAACGUCAACUUUUACUCUUAUCUUUAAGUCUUAAAAGGUGUUACAAAAAAGCG